CCAACGAUUUCGAAUUGCUGUCGUUCAGCCCACACACGCAACGCCAAUCCUAGGCUGCACGUCGAGCAGGAAAGGUCGUUUCACCUCCGCAAGCUGGGCACCGUGACACCCGACCCACGACAAGCGUAGACUCAUGACACGGCGUACGUACCCGACUCCUGAACGGUCCUAGUUCAUAUCGCAGCCUUCACAUAAGGCGAGUGGCACCACAUUGCAAGCUCGAAUACCGAAGCGAUACGGAAGGCCUUUGGCCUAAUGUCGCUGUCAUGGAUAACUACUAUCCCACCAACCAGCUGCAACGGCAGCUCUCGCACCAGCAAGUUCAGCAAGCACAGCAACAGCAGCAACAACAACACAAGACUAUGCAACCUCCCGUGGGUCCCAUGAAUAUGGGCCCCCAAGGAUCAGCUAUCUCCGCGGGGCCCAUGGCACAGAAUAUGGUCAACAGCCAGCCGGCACAGGCGCGCGAUACCCUUGACGAGAUCAUCGACGACAACCACAGCGCUAUUCACAGGAAAAGGAGCCUGCCUCAGAGUUAUGCCAAUGGCAUGCCGAAUUCGAGCGGGCCGAGGCGAAUGUCCUUCACAGGCCCCGGCGAAGUGAUGAAUUUUGCAGAUGGCAAUGGUGAUUUGCGCGGAUACCAGUUCAAUCAGUCUAUACCUGGAGGAUACCCACACGUCAACUCGAACAACAUGUCCAUGGCAGGGCAAAUGGGCAACUAUAUGAACCCUGCAGACUAUGCGGCCAUGUCUCCCGACCUCAUGUCAAACAUGAUUCCGUCUACCUUUUCCAACAUGAACAUGAACCAUUUGACGGGCGACGCUCAGGCUAUGGGCAUGUUCUCGGCAAAUGACAACACAAACAUGGGGAAUCAAUAUGCGCCAAAUCAGCUGGUCAACAUGGGGAACGACUACACCAUGGCCAUAUCUGACAGCGGGCCUCUUAGUGCUACCCCUAGCAAUGCACCGCAAGGUCCCGGACCCUUGGACGAUUGCGAAGACGAGGUCAUGCAUUCACGCCCGCCAUUUACCCCCAUGGACUCAAACAGAAGCCAAUCCGCGGGCAACAUGACUCUCGACUCCAAGCCAAGGGGAGACGGCCAAGGAGACCCCCACCAACCAUCCUCUGCCACUUCUGCUUUCUCACCCCAAAAACUUCCGUCGUCGGCGAGCAUGACACAUCCUAGCGCCUCAUCGGAUCCUACGACCCCUGCGAACGGUCCGGCGCCCCCUCCCCAGGAUCCGAAAGACAAGAAAACAAUUUACUCUAAAAGCGGCUUCGACAUGCUGAAAGCGCUGUGGCUUGUCGCAACCCGCAAAAACCCCAAGAUUCAUCUGGGUGCCGUCGACAUGUCUUGUGCCUUUGUCGUCUGCGAUGUGACAAUGAACGAUUGUCCCAUUAUAUAUGUGUCGGACAACUUCCAAAAUUUGACUGGCUAUAGUCGCCACGAUAUUGUGGGCCAGAAUUGUCGCUUUCUCCAGGCCCCUGACGGACAAGUGGAAGCUGGAACCAAGCGUGAGUUUGUUGACGAGGGUGCAGUCUACAACCUGAAGAAGAUGAUUCACGAAGGUCGAGAAGUCCAACAAAGCCUGAUCAACUACCGCAAGGGCGGGAAGCCGUUCCUGAAUCUCCUGACCAUGAUCCCCAUCCCAUGGGACACUGACGAGAUCCGAUACUUCAUUGGCUUCCAGAUUGAUUUGGUCGAAUGCCCUGACGCUAUUGCUUCCGGGCAGGAGCUAGGGAACGUCCAGGUCAACUACAAGCACAGCGACAUUGGUCAAUACAUCUGGACACCACCACACUCCGGUCAUCUCGAACCUGACAACGGCCAGACGCUUGGUGUGGACGAUGUGUCGACCCUGUUGCAGCAGUUCAACCCCAAGGGUGUCGUGUCCGACUGGCAUAAGCAAUCUUGGGAUAAGAUGCUCUUGGAGAACACUGACGACGUGGUCCACGUGCUGUCAUUGAAGGGUCUAUUCUUGUACCUGUCGCCUUCCUGUAAGAGAAUUUUGGAGUACGACACCACUGACCUUGUCGGCAAUUCCCUGUCAACUGUCUGCCAUCCUUCCGACAUCGUGCCAGUCACCCGCGAGCUCAAGGACACCUCGGUCGGAAACCCGGUCAACAUUGUCUUCAGAAUCAGACGCAAAAACAGUGGGUAUACGUGGUUCGAAAGCCACGGCUCGUUGUUCGUCGAGCAAGGGAAGGGCCGGAAAUGCAUUAUUCUGGUUGGCCGCAAGCGACCAGUCAUCGCGUUGAGUAGGCAGAGUAUUGGCUCAUCCGGUGGUAUUGGCGACAGCGAACUAUGGACCAAAUUGUCGACAUCGGGCAUGUUCCUCUUCGUGUCGUCUAACAUCAGGUCACUCCUCGAUCUGCAACCCGAGGCCCUCAUAGGCACUAGCAUCCAGGAUCUGAUGCGGAAAGAAUCUCGUCCCGACUUCGGCCGAGCUAUCGAAAAAGCUCGUCGAGGCAGAAUCGUCACCUGCAAGCAUGAAGUGCAGAACAGGCGCGGGCAAGUUCUACAAGCGCAGACGACUCUGUAUCCUGGUGACGCCUCGGAAGGACAGAAACCUUCAUUCAUGCUGGCCCAAACUAAAUUGCUGAAGGCUUCCUCGCGCAGCCUCGCGCCAGCUGGAAGCACGAAAUCUGGAUCGGUGACGGGCAAAUCCGACACUCAGCACGCACAAAAUGGCUAUGUAUCGCAACCCGGCGGCGGCGGCCUCUUACCCGGGUCCCAAGAUGCGGCACUGGCCUCAGAGGACAAUAUGUUUGACGAACUGAGAACGACCAAGUGUUCCAGUUGGCAAUUUGAAUUGCGUCAAAUGGAGAAGAUCAAUCGCAUUUUGGCAGAGGAGCUUGGCGGCCUAUUGUCAAACAAGAAAAAACGUAAGAGAAGGAAAGGCGUCGGCAACAUUGUCAGAGACUGUGCCAACUGUCAUACACGCAACACACCGGAGUGGCGGCGUGGCCCCAGCGGGCAAAGAGAUCUUUGCAACAGUUGCGGGCUUCGCUGGGCGAAACAGACUGGACGUGUCUCUCCACGGAAUUCGUCCCGGGGAGGUAAUACUGUUGACUCGCAGAGCAAGAAGUCGGCUUCCCCGAUUCACUCAUCACCCCUACACAAGGAGCUGUCUAGCGAGACGCCCAUCCGGCCUACGGCCAACGGUGAUGGAGGCGUCAACCUUUCACAGCUCAGCAGCAGCAGCAUGACACCCAAAGCUGCCAGCGGUGCACCCUCGGCCCAUGGUGCGACCACGAUGCCUCCGCCGAGCCAUUCAUCCAUGGCCGGGGUCAACGCCGCUUCCUCGAUGACGUCCAUUAAGGAGGAGCGAGAAUCAAGCCAGACGCGUUCAUAGGGGCUUCCCUCGUCUUCUUUUUGUCUUGGGGAGUGCUGCGCCGGGGCGUCGACCAGGAUUGCUUUUGAUACUGGCUAAAACACAUGAUAC